AAAAAACACAAUAAAAAUCAUCCUCAAACAAAAACCACCAACAGACAUAAAUAAUCAAUACAACUUACCAGGUAUAUACAGAUUAAAAUGUAAAGAUUGCCCAUUAACAUAUAUAGGUCAAACUGGCCAAACUUUCACACACAGAUAUAAAGAACAUAUUGCAGCUAUAAAACACAACAAACAUAAUUCUGCAUACGCAAAACAUAUUGUGAAUACACAACACGCAUACAAUACAAUAACAGAAACAAUGGACAUUCUAAAAAUAGUACAAAAUAAAAGACAUAGAGAUACAAUAGAAAAAUAUCACAUUCAACAAACUUAUAAACAAAUCAUCUGCCUAAACGACAAUAACAUUUACCUUAAUAACCCCAUUUUUAAUGCCCUUCAGUUCCUUGACCCUAAACACGACAACCACCUUUCACCUACUCUCCCCACUAACAACCGCAAUCAGUAAUAAACCUUGUUCGGAUACGGUAAUACUUCUGGAUCACCUCCAGACACACUGCGUUGUCUACUGUUUCAUCUCUGUGUACAUUAAAAAGGCAGAAGAUGACGCACAGGGACAGCUCACAAGAGCAGAAGAAACCAUCACGCACUCAGAACUUCAAGCCGUUGCAGUCUCUAAAAUAACAUAUCCAAGCGACCAACCACCAGAGCAGGGGUACAACCCCCAAAAGUGGACCGAAAUUGCUACACCGUGGAGGGUGGCACUCGACAAACACCGUGAGAAAUUAACUUGGAGCAAUGGUUGAAUUAUGACAGGCGGAGGAAGCAGGAAGACCCGAAGAGAAGCUCUCGUCAAGUUCGACAAACAAAUGUAGAAUUAAUUUCUGAUCAACAGCUGACAUUUCAGGUUCGUAAGAUAGUAAAGCCACAUGUUGGUGUUUAGGGUUUUAUCGACGCAAAGCUGGAGGCAGUACGCCCCCCACCCCACCCCAAAGCCUUUUAAUUCACGAGGCCUUACCACGCAGAUGGCCAACAUCGACACUGAUCAGUGCUUCAUUUAUUACGUUGAAAUCCA